GAGAAACUGAAAGUGAGAGAAGCAUUGCGGGCACUUGGUUUCCUUGUGCCUUUAGAGUUUGGGUCACGGUACUUCUUUUUCUAAGACAGGAGCUCACUUGAUGCUUGUCUCUGUAUUAUCUCAGAGGAGAGAGGAACAGCUAGUUCUCCCGGAAGGGCUACUGCAUUCUGUGGGUAAACUACUUCAUAGAAUGGCAGAUGGCCAUGAAAAUUUGGAUUUUGUACUGGUCACCAAAUUGCUACAACUGCAAAAAGAACAGAAAUUUUGACAGAUCCUGUAAGAAGUAUUGACCUCUGACUAUGAUGCUGAGCACCCCAAAUUACUUGUGGUUUAAGGACGAUGUUCUUGGGAAUGGGGCCACAGCUUGUGUGUACAAAGCACGCAACAAGAAAAGUGGGGAUCUGGUAGCUGUGAAGGUAUUUAACAAUGUGAGCUACAUGCGUCCUCUAGAAGUUCAGAUGCGCGAGUUUGAGAUGCUGAAGAAACUAAAUCACAAAAAUAUUGUGAAGCUGUUUGCAGUGGAAGAAAUGGGAGCCACGAACCAGAAGGUGCUAGUUAUGGAGUAUUGCUCUGGAGGGAGUUUGCUGAAUGUACUGGAAGAACCACAGAAUGCUUAUGGACUAUCAGAGUCCGAGUUUCUUACUGUGCUUCAGAGUGUUGUGGCUGGGAUGAACCACCUCCGAGAGAAUGCAGUUGUGCACAGAGAUAUAAAACCUGGAAACAUCAUGCGACUUGUUGGCGAAGAUGGGCAGUCCAUCUACAAACUGACGGAUUUUGGAGCUGCAAGAGAAUUGGAUGAUGAUGAAAAAUUCUACUCGCUCUAUGGGACAGAGGAAUACUUACAUCCAGAUAUGUAUGAACGUGCAGUACUUCGGAUACCUCAACAGAAGGCGUAUGGUGUGACCGUGGACCUGUGGAGUAUUGGUGUUACAUUUUAUCAUGCUGCUACAGGCAGCUUGCCCUUCAUCCCUUUUGGUGGACCACGUAGGAACAAAGAAACAAUGUAUAAACUUACAACAGAGAAGCCUCCUAAGGCAAUUGCAGGGGUUCAGAAACGAGAGAAUGGACCUACUGAGUGGAGCUUUGAGCUACCUGGUACCUGCAGACUGUCAGCGGGUUUGAAGAACAAGCUAGUUCACAUCUUGGCAAACAUACUGGAGGCAGAUCAGAAGAAAUGCUGGGGCUUUGACCAGUUUUUUGCUGAAGCAAAUGACAUCCUUCACAGAAUAGUAAUAUAUGUUUUUUCUCUGCAACAAGCAACAACUCAUAAAAUCUACAUUCAUUCAUAUAACACUACACAGAUAUUUUUAGAAGAGGUUUACAAACAGACUAAAAUACCUGUAGAACGUCAGGAGUAUUUCUUUGAUGGACACCCAUAUUAUUUGGAACCUAUCCUCCAGGCUCAGAAUUUCCCCAAAACAACUGAGACCAGUUGCUUAUUUCUUGUGAGUACAUCAUUUGAGAAUCCCAUUGGCUUCAAAUACAAAGACCCUGACUUCCCAUCAUUCCCUCCAAAAUAUGACCCAGUUGCUGACUUUGGUGUGGCAAAGGCUGUUGUAAAUGCAGUAUACCAAACUAUAAGGAUAACAAAAUCCCUUCUGUUGUGGCAACACUUGGUCUUACAGGGACUGUUCUGGAUAAUUGAGAAUGUAAAGGGAGAAUGCAGUAAAACAUCAGAGAAAAUAAAAAUGUUGUCCCAAAAAACAAAGUUCUUCUGGAGUGUCACAGACAAAGUCAUUAAGCUAUACCAUUGUAUUGAUGCCCGAAAUACUACAGUACUAGAACUGAAGAUGAUGUUAGAUGCGACUGGAAAAAUUCCAACUAUGCAUGAUUCCCUUACAAGGUCCAGUGACAUUAUCCAGGAUAUGUCUACCAGGCUCGGCCAAUUACUAGGUGAAUUUGUCAAGAACAAAAAUCUACUGCAUGGGGACCAAAGUAUCCAGCGAAUGGAGUACUUACUUGAUAAGACAAAUGUCAUCUUCAAGCAGUUCAGGAAGGACAAGCAACAGCCUCGGCUCAGCUACAAUGAUGAACAGAUUCACAAGUUUGACAAGAUCAAUUUAGGGCAACAUGCUCGAAAAUUGUCAUCACUGUUUCAUAACGAAUGUUUACCAAAAUACCAGGGUAUGUUUGAUGCCCACAGUCUAUGGAUGAGGACAGUGUUUGAGAUAAAAAAGGAACUGAAGAUGAUGAACAAGAAUCUUGCAUGUUUCAGUGAAGAUCUGGAAAGGUGUCAAGAGAGCGUCUGCAUGGCAUUAGAAAAACUACAGAGAAUCUAUCCAGAAAAUGCAAAAGGGCCUCCAUCUUUGCCAGCUCAACCUAAUGAUGACCUCAUACUGAGGAUGAAGCAGCUGAAACACGAGAUGGAAGUAGUCACUCAUGAAUUACAAUUAAACAACAGCAUUAUUGAGGGGUGUGCUCCUUUCAGUUCAGGACUUCUGUGAGAGGCAAAUACUAGAAAAGGACUCUAAAUCCAUCAGCAUUACUUAUUAUUGGCACUUUGGAUAUUGCACGUCUCUGCCAGAAGGAAGAUGGUCUGUGGAACACAUUAAAACAGUGCAUAAGUCACUAGCCAUCUAUCUUUCGUAUGAUGUACAUCUCACUUGGAAUAAAAAGGCUUAUGCUGCAAACUUGGCUAAGUGCAGGAGCAGGAAAUCUGCAUUUAACAUUUUCAGUAAAAUGCCUUUGACUGCACUGACAUUAACUCCUGGUGGGUAGGCUUUUCUGUAGACAAGAUAUGCACUAAAAUGAGCUCCAAGCACAGUUUAUGAUCUGCCUGGAUUUAGUGUUUUUCACUGCAGGGAAUACCACAAAACUAUUCACUCUGCAUCAAUGUACAAACCACUUGAUUUUUUUCAUGGGUUGACUGAAGUCUUGGCCUAACAAAUGUGUACGUUGGAUAGAAAGUUUUAAAUUGCUUUUAAACGUUAACUGCAGCUUUUUUUCUUAAUGGGAGCUCAGUAAACUCCUGUCUCUCUCUGCUACCUGUGAUAAACUAUUGCCCUGAUGUUAAGGGUUCUGAGAGAGAACAGGAUGGGUUUAUACAGAUGCACAGAUAGUAGCAUGUUGUAACUUUCAGUGUUUUACAGUCUGUUUACUCAGGUUUGCCUAAGAGACAUACCUCAUUUCUGGUGGGUGUUCUUUACUUCCACUAGUUUGCAUUGAUGUAUUUAAAAGUGAUAAUGCUUCCAUUAAAAAUUUAAAAAAUCAA